UGAGGCUACUUUUUAUCGUCUUCUAUCUCAGUUUUCUCCUAACAUGUAUGAUACUAAUGUGCAGAAAGCUUAUGCAAUUAGUAUGUCACUGAGAAUAAAACAAAGGGCAGGUAGGUAAGUGGGGGAGAGGGAAUUUUUCAACCUAUUUGAACAAGAAUUGUGAAAGGGCAACACGAAAAUUUUGAAAAGAAACAAGUGAAUGAAUACAGAAUUGGCAAGCACAGGAAGUGGUAGACAUGAAGCUGGUGGUGGUGAUUGUGGGGGCUCCAUAAUGAAUGCAUAUGGACGUGGGAAUGAUUUAUGGACAAGGCCAUUGGAAGGACAGAUUUGAGUGAAAAAUGUUUGGUGCUUUCACUUCAGAAUCCUGCAAUGGACCAGAUAUAUGUGGUAGAGUUUGGAGGCGCUUGAUUUAUGGAUGCCACGUGGCCCAAUAGCUGCCCCUUUUAGAGGUAUGACACUUUCUACAAAACCUCCCCCUUCCCCUAGCAAAAUUUGCAAUUUCUCUUUUCUCCUUCUUAGUAAGAGCCCAGGUUGUUUGUUU